GCACCACAUGAUAUAUAGUAUAUAUCACAGUAACAUACAUUAAUAUUGCAGAUUGCUGAAGAUCUUCGAUUCACUCAACUGUGUGGCGUUGAAGGAGAAACAUAUCAUAGAUAUAGAUUUCCGCGAUAAAAUCACCGACAAUGACAGCUUCAAGCAAACAUGAUUUGCCUCACUUUGUGGCCAUCAACAGGAUUAUGAAAUUGCCGAUGGUAUCGUCAGGUGUCAAUAAAGUGACAUACAUUUACGUAAAAGUUAAGAUGUCGAACAGAGUGAUUGAAUACAGCCUAGAAAAUGCAGAAAAGACCGUAUUGAGCGUAGUGGACAUGUCUGUUCCAUUAGUUAUCAAAUUUGAAGAUCCGAUCAAUAAAAUUGACGAUAUUAUGUGUAAGUCAUUGGAUAUUGUCGAACAAAACGUACCGAUGGUUACUUAUACUCCAGAAGAGAUUUAUUUCACAACCAAGACCUUCGUCAAAGCCAAAGUCGAGCCGGUCCUAAACCGUGCUGACUCCGUAAAGCAGCUCACCAUGUUGGACGACGCAUUGAGCGUGGCCGAUAAAUACGUGGACAAAUACUUGCCAGACAAGGAUCCAGGCGAAGACGUCGCUGACAAACCAAUCCCGAUCUAUACAAUGUUUCGGCAAUAUAUUGUGUUGUUGUUACCUACUGCAGGUACAGAGCCGUCUAGUCAAGCAGUGAAAACUAUACGACACGUCAACCACUUUUCCAGGAAAUUGCAAAGACGUUUGACACGUAGAACGAUUGCCGAGGCUAAGCUGCUCAAAAAACAGGGAUACGAUACUGUCCAAUGCUUCGUAUAUUUUGCAGAUCUCUUGGCCAAAGAUCCUAAAGCAUUUUCGGAAAAAAUGAAGGCCAUAUGGAAACACCUUAGCGAGGACGAACCAGAAAAUCAAAAACCACCGGAGAACAUUGAACAGCUCAUCGAAAUGUUAUCGAGGGAGGGAGCUAGGCGUUUCGUGCACGUGACAAAUUUUUUAGCCAAAAACAUCAGUAUGGGACCCGCAUACUUGGGACAUACAAUCACCUACGUUACCCAGGAGGCUGCUAUCUUGGCGGAUCAAAUUAUAAAGUACGCCCAUUUGGAAAAUGCAAAAGGCAUAGUUGUGCAAUUUACCAAUGAACAGUUAGCCAAAUAUAAGGAAUUUAUUGAAGAUAUAAGAAAAUUAAUACUGGAAUAUUUAUCGUCAACGUCUUCGAAAAUAAAUGAACCCAAAAAGAAAGAAACCAAAAAAGACAAUAAAAACAGCGUCACGGUUGCAAAUACCAAACCUUCAAAAGACAAGGGGAAUACUACACCGGCACCAACUCCAGCUACCAAUGUAACGACUAACGGAAAACCUUAGUUCUAAGUUUUAUUUAAAUAUUCAACCAUCGAAUACUGCAUAAUAUUUUUGUCAGUUUAUUAAUUUUAUUUUAUUUUACACGCGUCUGAUUUCUAGAAUUCUUUGUACUUUUGUUUUGUUUGCUUCUUAUUUUUUUUAUAAUAUGUGAAAUUAUUGCAUUAUAAUAUUAUAAUACAUGAUAAUGUGAUUAUAAAAUAUGUAUUGUUCUGAUUUUGGAAUUGUAUGGUUUUCUCACAAAUAUUUAUGAUUUGUAACAGGAAGCAAAUAUGUAAAUUAU